AUGAGGUUAAUAUUAUUUCUUUUAGUAAUAUUAUUUAUUAAUAAUGUAUUAUCAGUAACACCCUCAUCAAAAGUAGAAGAGGACCCAAGAUAUAGAAUUGAAAGUGCACCAGAAUGGUAUUCAAUCUCUAGCGAUUAUAAAGUUACACCAGGUAAAAAUACAAACUCUCUUGGUUGGGGUUACUAUAAAGAUGAGGUUUCAAAAGACGGUUGGGGUAAACUAUACAUUGAAAUGAAUUCAAAUAGCAAUACAACACAAUCAUACUAUGGUGCAGGUUAUUUAGAAGGUUAUUUAACUUGGGGUAUCACAUGGAACUUUUCACAAAAUUACUUUAACACCUACUUUAAUUCAACUGAUCCAUCAUUAAUUCCAAAACCUUUAAUCGAAUUUUCAAAAGCCAAUUACCAAUAUAUGAAGAGCGAGUUCAAUCAACAAAACUCUUUAUUUAACCAACAAGUUAAUAAUGUUAUUGAACAAUUUGAAGGUUUAACACAAGGUUAUCAAGAUGCUGCUGAUUCUGAUAAGCAAUUAACAACCAUUCAAUUACUUUUAUUAAAUUAUAUUGGUGAUUUAGAAGAUGUUGCAGGUUAUUUAGAAUAUGAAAUGGCUCAAAAUAAAACUGAAUAUGUUUCAAAAGUUAAAUCCCAAAAAGAAAUUGAAAAUAUUUUAGCAACCAAAGGUAGAUGCAGUGCAUUAAUUAAAGUAACUUCAGAUUUUAGUGACUUAUUUUCAGCUCAUGUUACUUGGGGAAGCUAUUUCACAAUGUUACGUAUUUUCAAACGUGUUAUUAUUCCAGAUAGUUCAAAUCAAGCAACAGAACAACUUUUUAGCUCUUAUCCAGGUGUAUUAACUUCAGAUGAUGAUUUCUUUAUUUUAAAACCAUCAGAUUUAGUUGUUAUUGAAACUACAAAUGAUAUUUUAAAUAACACUUUAUAUCAAUAUGUUACACCAAAUUCAUUAUUAUAUUGGGUUCGUUCAAUAGUUGCCAAUCGUAUUUCAUCCAAUAGCCAAGAAUGGACCGAAAACUUUGUACAAUUUAACUCUGGUACUUAUAACAAUCAAUGGAUGAUUGUAGAUUAUAAGUUAUUUACACCUUAUCAACCACUCCAACCAAAUACUCUUUGGAUUGUUGAACAAUUACCAGGUGGUUAUUAUUCAGAAGAUGUUACCGAUAUAUUAGCACUUGGAUACUGGCCAUCAUACAACAGACCAUACUUCCCAAAAGUACAAGAAGCAAUGGGUUAUACUUAUUAUUCAAAUUUAUAUGGUGAUAUUCUUUCAUAUUCAUUAAAUCCACGUGCAAAGAUUUUCCGUAGAGAUCAAAACAAUGUUUAUUCAGUUGACGAUAUGCAAUCUAUUAUGAGAUAUAAUGAAUAUAAAAUCGAUCCAUUUAGUGAAGGUUAUCCAGGUAAUGCAAUUUCAUCUCGUUAUGAUCUCGGUGGUGGUCCAUCACAACCAGCUGGUUGGUUCUAUCAAGGUCCACACGGUGGUAUUGAUGCUAAAAUCACUUCAUCAUCAAUGGUUCAAAAUACUACAUGUACUGCAAUCUCUGGCCCAACUGUUACUUCAAGUUGCCCAGUAUUCAAUUGGACUGGUUUUGAAUCAGUUUUCCAUGUUGGUUUACCAAAUGUAUUUAAUUUCGAUUGGGUAACAAUGGAUAUCAAAAGUAAUUAA